AUGCGUCUCCUCAAUACACGGACGGGGCAAUUUCACUGGGUGGACAGCCCAGAGAAAACACGCUAUGCGAUUCUCUCUCAUGUCUGGAGACAAGAAGGAGAGCAAACCUAUCAGGACCUUUUGGCACUCCAGGUCGACGUUAACGCUUCACGCUCUGCGCCAUCUGACGCCAAGCUUCCUGCUGACGAGGUCCUCCUGAAGGCUUGUCCCAAGAUCAGAGCAGCUUGCGCGUACGCUCUCUCCGAGGGCUUCGAGUACCUUUGGAUUGACUCCUGCUGUAUCGACAAGGGAAGCAGUGCCGAGCUAUCCGAGGCGAUCAACUCGAUGUAUCGAUGGUACAGCCAGGCCACCGUCUGCUACGCCUUCCUCAGCGAUGUCUCCAGCGGUCAGAAUCCGAGUGCGCGGCCAUCGGAGUUCCGCCGUAGUCGAUGGUUCACACGCGGAUGGACGCUCCAGGAACUGAUAGCUCCGUGCGCCGUCAUCUUCCUCUCCUUCAGCUGGGAGCUACUUGGUGCCAAAGUCGACCUUUCCAGCGUCAUUCAGGACAUCACAGGCAUCGACAAAGACAUCCUCACGCACGUGAAGCCGCUCGACUCUGUCAGUGUCGCUCAUAGGAUGUCUUGGGCUGCGCGACGCGUCACGACCCGGAAGGAGGACGAGGCGUACUCGCUCAUGGGGAUCUUCGGGAUCAACAUGCCGACUAUCUACGGUGAAGGCCAACUCGCGUUCAUCCGGUUACAGGAAGAGAUCUUGAAGCAAAUUCCCGAUCAGAGCAUCUUCGUCUGG